GGCGUUGAACAUUGGACGGCCCAGGGUAGAGUGGGCGUGCCAGGGAGCUAUGUGGUGACAUACGGGAUGUAUGCUGGAUGAUGAGAGCUCGCUGAUGUGGCAUAUUAAGCUGAGGUGGAACCACAUUCUGCUGUUGGUUGUGCUGAAGCAAAGACCGGUCAUCAUAAUUGCACAUCAUGUUGCUGGUGAGAAAUCUGUGGUUGGGGGCAGCAUUUAUGAGUGGAUGCCGAAGAUACCUUUGAUGUGUCCCAAACCCUUCUCUGGUGAUAGGAAGAAGGAAGAGGACUUAGACACCUGGGUGAGGACUGUGCCUACUUAUGUGAGGCACAAACUCACGAGGCCAAAGCAAAAAGUUGUUGUGGUUGCCUCCUUUUUAGAGGGGUCAGCAGCCCGCUGGUUGAAUGGCUUAGUGCAGCAGCAGGGCUACGGUCAAAACUUCGAUGCCUGGGCACAGGCCCAGACAUUGGAAGAGUUCGUACGGUCCAUGUAUAACAGGUGGCAUGACCCGCAAGGGGCUCAAAAGGCCACCGAUGCUAUCAACAAUCUUUGUGCCCGUAGGUUCAAGGAUGUUAGAGAGCUCACGGAUACCGUAGAGCGACUACUCGUGGUACCUGGUGUGCACUUUGACCAGCAGGUUUUCCUAACGGAUUACCUAAGGUGCCUACCUACAGAGGUAAGGACCAAGUUGGUUGAUGAAGCCUAUGUCGAACAACACACCUUCGCUUCUUUUAGUAAGAAAGCUCUGGAUAUAGAGGCAAAGCUGGGAUCUGCUCAUAAGGCAUCUCAUGAUGGUAGGAAGAGACUACCCCAAGAUUGGAAGAAGAAGGGUCAAUUAAUGUUCAUUGACCACGAUGGUCAAACGACUGAGAUUGACAAUUUCCCAGACCUUGGGGGGUUGACAAAGCAGGAUGGGGCUAGUGAGACUUCAAAUGGUGCAGUCGUGGCACCCAUCAAAGAAAAGGCUAGGGGGACUGGGAAGAAAAAGGUAGGACGGUCCACGGGUCAGGGAGACCAAGGGACACCCGCAUGGGUAAAGCUUGGUUUGGAUUACGAGGUGUGGAGGGACCGAGUUGCCAGGGGCACAUGCAUGAACUGUGGCAACUAUGGCCGCACGUCCAGGACUUGCCGCGACAAGAAGGUCACCACGAAGGUAGCCUCACCAACGGUGGUGGGCUUAUCUUCAAAUCCUGGGAGUGCUCCUGCGAGCAGCUCACAGGGAAACACCUCGGGCGGGCUUAGCAGAACUGUAGCUUCUACGCUAGCCAACAAGCACCAAAUAGUUGUCAAAGACUAUGCCAAGGACGUAGCCUGCACCUUCUCCUAUGGAGGAGGGGAAGUGAUCCACAAGAUCUCCUUCCUGGUAAGCGACGAACUGCCAUUCGAUAUGCUACUAGGCAUGUACUACCUCGAAGUCUCGCAACCUCAGUUUGACUGGGAUAGAAAGGUGUUGAUCCACAAAUUGCCCAAUGGUAGAACUGUGAGAUUGCAGAAGUAUAAAGCUAGCAGUCUAAUAGAAAACUACGGGUGUAUGUGCGCUUCAUCCUUCUAUAACUAUUAUAAGCAGAAUCGAGAUGAGGGCAUGUAUCUAGGCUUUGUCUCUGAGAAAGGGGAGGCCGUUAAAACACCCCCAGAGAUAGAAAGAGUCGUCACACAAUAUUCAGACCUUUUUGAGGAGCCCACAGGCGUGGUAGAAAGGGAGGUUGUCCAUGCAAUAGAGGUUGUCCCAGGUAGCAAGGUGCUUAGAGGACGAAUCUAUAGGAUGUCUCCUGCGGAGUUAGAUGAGCUUCGCCGCCAGCUUAAGGAGCUGACAGAGAAGGGAUGGAUACGGCCUAGUACCUCCCCUUACGGUGCGCCAGUCUUAUUUGUCCCAAGGAAGGGAGGUCCGUCAAGGAUGUGCAUUGACUAUAGGGGCCUCAAUGCCAUCACCAUUAAGAACACGGAGCCCCUACCCCGCAUUGACGACCUCUUGGAUAGAGUGCAGGGAUGUCGGUACUUCACAAAGAUAGAUUUGAAGUCCGGAUACCAUCAAAUUGCCGUUAGGCCGGAGGACCAACACAAAACCGCAUUUAAGACCAGGUACGGUUUGUACGAGUUUGUGGUGAUGCCUUUUGGCCUAUGCAAUGCGCCUGGUACAUUCCAGCACUCGAUGAACAGGAUUUUUCAUGACUACUUGGACAAGUUUAUCGUCGUGUACCUCGACGAUAUUCUCAUCUUUAGUAGGACUGUAGAGGAGCACGCAGAGCACUUGAAAACGGUGCUAAGUCUCCUAAGACAACACCAGGACAAGGUAAACUUGGAUAAAUGCGAGUUUGGUCGCACCAAGAUCUUGUACUUGGGUCAUGAAAUUUCAGCAGAUGGAUUGAGGUCGGAAGAUGCGAAGGUGGCCAGCAUACGUGAUUGGCCCAGGCCUCAGACUGUUAUUGAGGUCAGAUCUUUUCUGGGGAUGAUGGGCUAUUAUCGUCCGUUUGUGAAGAACUAUAGUAUUAUAGCUUCCCCAUUAACAGAUCUAACUCGACUUGACACCCCUUGGGAGUGGACUGAAGAGUGUGAACCAAGCUUCAAGAAAUUGAAGUAUGCACUGACACACUAUGAAGUUCUCAAACUUCCUGAUCCUGACAAGCCAUUCAUUGUGACCACAGACGCUAGCCAAUAUGGCAUAGGCGCGGUCCUUGYGYAACAGGAAGGGCCCAAGUUKAGACCGAUYGAGUAUAUGAGCAAGAAGAUGCCAUCUCAAAAGUUAGCUAAGUCCACGUAUGAGAGAGAGCUCUACGCACUAUACAGAGCGCUAGUCCAUUGGAGACAUUACCUCCUAGGAAGAUUCUUCUAUGUGAGGUCUGACCAUGAGACUUUGCGCUGGAUUAAGACACAGCCUGUGUUGUCAGACGCACUCAAGAGAUGGAUUCAAGUGAUAGAGCUUGACCUAUCAAGGGUAGGUGAUAGAGUCUGGGUAAAGUCAUCUGAACUACGUCAGGAGAUGGGGAUAUCUAGAAAACUGAUGCCGCAGUAUUUUGGGCCCUGGGAGAUCUUGGACAUUGUAGGGGAUCAACCGGAUGGGCCUUCAUACGUGAUCCGUAUUCCUGCACACCUACGCACCUACCUAGUGUUUCAUGCCUCCAAGCUGGCACCUUUCGCUGCCACUGAUCAGUUCCCUUCCAGAAGAUCAAUGCUGCCUCCAACCAUGGAUGGCGAAGUGGACAUUGACCAGAUCAUCGAGCAUCGAGUGAUGUCUGCUCCUCUACCAUCAGGCAGAGGACGACCUCCUAAACCGAGAAUGCAGUAUCGUGUGAGCUUCAGACAUCAUCUGGAUCCUAAAGAAGACCGGUGGUACACACGAGAAGAACUCAUGAGAACCGCACCUCAAGUAAUCGCAGGCUAUGAAGGAGCACUCAAGGGGAAGAUGCCUGCAAAAUAAGAGACUUCUCAGAGGACUCACAAAGUUUAUGAGGAGGGAAUGCGAGGAUCAGGGUCCUCGGUAGGCCUAUGAGGCCCUGUUUGCAGCAUUACCCGCCCUAAGUGAAGGCGGAGGUGCCCGCCCUAAGUGAAGGCGGGCCUGGCUUUUUGUAAGAGGCCCUCGACUGUCAAUUUCAUAUUUGGGGUCCAGGCAGUUGCGACGCGCCAGUUGGUUGAAAGAAACACAGGCCGAGCAACAAAGACAUUUCCACGGC